AUGGCUAAGAUGGGCUUUCAGCAGUUGAUUAUGAUACAAGACAAGGGUGUGAACUCGUUUCAGAUUUGGUUAGAUUUUAAGCUCGAAAGAUCACUUGAACCUGUUCCUACAACAGAGGGAAUAGAGAGGGAAGAUUGCCAGAUUGGUAGUAAAGGAGUCUUAAAACAUCAGCAGAGAUGUAUCCAUAGUUCACCAUCAUCGUUUGGGAGCAGGGAAGUUCCUCAGGUUCUCGAAACGUCUAUGAUUCAUAUUUGUCCUCUCCCUGGGAAUAUGAAUGAGGGACGACUUAAGCAGAUUUUCGAUACGUUUGGUGAAGUUGUAAGUGUGGAACUACCACUUCAUCUACUUAAUAGAGAUGAUGCUGUAAAAGCACGUUUGCGGAUGGAUGGUGAGAAAGUUGAUGGGAUUGUUGUGCGAGUAAGGCGCGUCUUGCUUCCAUCGCCUCCUACAAAGGUUGAAUCUGGUUCCCGAAAGAGGGUUGCUGAUGCUCCACGGGGACAAAACAAUUUGGAUUCAGCCUCUUCGUCCCAAAAUCCCUUUUCACCACCACGUAGGCGAUCCCGACUAACUCUUCAAAGAGGUGACUUUUCUCGACCCCGAACGGAUACUCCUUGGCGAUGGGUGGAUUCUUCUCCUCGGCGUAGAAUGGAUUCUACUGUUGGUCAUCCUGGAUCCCCUCCCAGGAGGAUACCUGCGUCUUUUAUCAGAAGGCGAUCUCCAUCCUCUCCUCCAAGGCUGUAUAGAUCACCUGCACGUGCUUCGCUGCGAAGGGGUCGUCGUAGUCCUGUUCGUAGAUUGUCUCCCAUCAUAGUUAGGCGAUAA